AAAAAUCAAAGAAAAUUUGGAUUUACUUUUUACCCGCUGAUCCAAUAUUAGGCCCGGAAAAGUAUGUGACCCAUUUGGCGGACCAUUCAAUACGUCUACUCUUGUAAUUGUUGUGGGAAACAAAGCUUUAAAUUACUCUUCGCUCUUAACUACAAAGAAGAACCUCGUUCUCAUCGACACCAAUUCUCCUCAAAUCCAACUACAUUCUCACCUAAAUUAUUCGCAAUUUCCUCUCCUCUCCAGCAUUUCCUUCUGGUUCUUCAACCGCAUAUAUUGCAUUUCCAGGUUGUUCUUACAUUGAUUUCUCAUCCCAGAUUCCAUAUUACGAUAUUCUCCCAUUCGGCCAAUUUCUUAACUUGUAUUUGUUUUUUUUUUUUUGUAUUGAUUGUAAGAAUAGAAGAGGAGAGAGGCUUUCAAUUGUUGAUUGAUCUCUGGAAUGGAUUCUGCAGCCAUGGCCUCUGUUUGCUGUAAAUCCCUUUGCUCCACUACUCGCCCUGCUCCAGGAUUAAUUACCGGGCCAACGAGCGGAAUAAGGAGUUCGCAAUGUAGCUUUAUGGUAGGAAAGAAGGUGCAGUACCCUCGACAGAGUGCUCGAUCUUCUAGGCUGGCAUCUAAAUCUGGUAAACAUGGUGGAGCAUUAGCCGCCACAUGUCGUGCUGAUAAAAUCCUCAUUGCAAAUAGGGGAGAAAUUGCUGUCCGUGUCAUCAGAACUGCACAUGAGAUGGGAAUUCCUUGCGUGGCUGUUUACUCUACUAUAGAUAAAGAUGCUCUACAUGUUAAACUGGCAGAUGAAUCAGUUUGUAUUGGUGAAGCUCCAAGUAGUCAAUCGUACCUGCUGAUUCCAAACGUCUUGUCUGCUGCCAUUAGUCGUGGAUGCACAAUGCUUCAUCCAGGAUAUGGUUUCCUUGCUGAGAAUGCUACUUUUGUUGAGAUGUGCCGAGAACAUGGAAUCAAUUUUAUCGGGCCAAAUCCUGACAGUAUCCGAGUCAUGGGUGACAAAUCAACAGCCAGGGAAACAAUGAAGAAUGCUGGUGUUCCAACUGUGCCAGGAAGUGACGGUUUAUUGCAGAGUACCGAAGAAGCUGUAAGGCUUGCUGAAGAGAUAGGAUACCCAGUAAUGAUCAAGGCUACAGCUGGUGGUGGAGGACGUGGAAUGCGGCUAGCUAAAGAGCCUGAUGAAUUUGUGAAGUUGUUGCAGCAAGCUAAGAGUGAGGCAGCAGCUGCUUUUGGGAAUGAUGGAGUUUAUUUGGAGAAGUACAUUCAGAACCCAAGGCACAUUGAAUUCCAGGUUUUGGCUGAUAAAUACGGCAAUGUUGUGCACUUUGGUGAGCGUGAUUGCAGUAUUCAGAGAAGAAACCAGAAGUUGUUGGAAGAAGCUCCAUCUCCUGCAUUAACACCAGAAUUGCGUAAAGCAAUGGGUGAUGCAGCAGUUGCUGCUGCAGCAUCUAUUGGUUAUAUCGGGGUUGGUACCAUUGAGUUCCUUUUGGAUGAAAGGGGUUCCUUCUACUUCAUGGAGAUGAAUACUCGAAUUCAGGUUGAACAUCCAGUGACAGAAAUGAUUUCCUCUGUUGACCUGAUUGAAGAACAAAUUCGAGUGGCUAUGGGAGAGAAAUUGCGUUACAAACAGGAAGAUAUUGUACUGAGAGGACACUCUAUUGAAUGCCGUAUCAAUGCAGAAGAUGCUUUCAAAAACUUCAGGCCAGGGCCAGGGAGAAUAACAGCUUACUUGCCAGCUGGAGGUCCAUUUGUACGUAUGGACAGUCAUGUUUAUCCUGAUUAUGUGGUUCCACCAAGUUAUGAUUCCUUGCUUGGAAAGCUUAUCGUAUGGGCUCCGACAAGGGAGAGAGCAAUUGAGCGAAUGAAAAGGGCUCUCGAUGACACCAUUAUUACAGGGGUGCCCACUACGAUCGAAUACCACAAACUUAUCCUGGAUGUUGAGGACUUCAAAAACGGGAAAGUAGAUACAGCCUUUAUUCCUAAGCAUGAGGAGGAAUUGGCUCCUCCUCAGGAAACCGCGCCUUCUAAACAGUUAGCUAAGAUUGCUGCCUGAUUUGAGGUUUUUUUUUUCCCCCUUAGUCUGGUCAAGCUAGUUUCCUUUGGCUUUACUGUUCAAGAACACUCCCUAUAAAAUGCUUUCUUGGUUAGUUUAGCUGCUGCCAUUACUGCAGCAACAGCUUUGUGACUGGAGCAAGUAUCAUUUUUUGGUAUAGGAUUUCCUGAUUCUCAAAUCUGUUUCUUGUUUACCCGUAGUGGGUCAUUGUUUACCUGGCUGGUAAUUGUGAUACAUUACGAGUAGAUGAUAUACUAGUCGGCAGCACCAGCUAUGGAGCUUCAUGUAUGUUAGGGAUCUUGUAAUUUAGUCUGGAUGGGGCGCCUUUCUUUGUAUGUUGUCUUUUAAAGGUUACUCAUAAGUUGUUUAGCUGUAUUUCCUUGAAAAGAAUUGUAAUAUUGAGCUGUGUGAGAAAUGCAACGCGUCGACUCUGCAUUUACAACAAUCUUCCUGUCCAUGAGAGCUUCCUUAAGCUUUAAAAAUAUCACAUUGUGUGAUUUGAU